AUGCUCAAAGCCACCUUGCCUUUUGUUCCUUCUCAUGGCUGGUCUAUGGAGAGCAUUGCCCUCGGCGCCAAAAGCCUCGGAUAUCCUUCCGUUGCGCACGGUGUUUUCCCCGGCGGCGAAGCUGGUCUUAUUGACGCUUUCUUGAAGGAUUGCAGACGCGAAUUCGUUGCCCGUAUUGCCGAACUGCAAGCCUCGGGCAAAUUGGAAGGUUUAUCCAUGACCGAAAAGGUGCGCGAAUUAACGGCAAUGCGUUUGAUGAUGAUGAAACCUUAUAUCAGACGUUGGCCAGAGGCUCUUGCUGUAAUGGGACGUCCAUCCAACGUAUCUUCGUCGUUGCUUCACCUGGGAGAAAUUGCGGAUGAUGUAUGGUAUUAUGCUGGCGACCGAAGCCCCGAUAUGCGAUGGUACAGCAAGCGUGCGUCUUUAUCUGCGAUUUAUUCAGCAACAGAAGUGUACAUGACCCAAGACAUCUCUCCCAAUUAUCAGGAAACUCUCCGCUUUUUGGAUCGACGUCUCAACGAUGCAGCAUGGCUUGGCGCCUGUGCAGGCCAGCGUGGCGGCCGAUUCCCAUAG